AUGGGGAAGAUGGCGGCGGCCAUAGGCUCCAUAGCCACGCUGGCGGCAGAGCCCGGAGAAGACGCUUUUCGAAAGCUUUUCCGCUUCUAUCGGCAGUGCCGGCCCGGGAGCACGGACCUGGGAGGGGUCAUCGAUUUCUCGGCGGUACCCCCAGCCUGCGGGACCGAACCCGCUGCCCACAAGGUGAUCAGGUCUCAGCUAAGUGUGUCUUCUGUCAGUGAACACGAUGCACAUAGAGCCGGUCUGCAACCAGUCAGCAAAUGGAGGGCCUAUGGUCUGGAAGGUUACCCUGGAUUUAUUUUUAUCCCCAACCCCUUCCUCCCAGGUUACCAGUGGCACUGGGUGAAGCAGUGCCUUAAGUUAUAUUGCCAGAAACCUAAUAUCUGUAACCUGGACAAGCAUAUGACAAAAGAAGAGACACACAACCUGUGGGAACAAAGCAAAGAGUUUCUGCGCAGUAAAGACGUGAAUAAACGAAGACCCCGAAGUUUGCUAGAGAAGCUGCGGUGGGUGACCCUCGGCUACCACUAUAACUGGGACAGUAAGCAAUACUCAGCAGAUCAUUAUACACCUUUCCCUUCUGACCUGGCUUUCCUCUCAGAGCAAGUCGCUGCUGCCUGUGGAUUUCAGGGUUUCCGAGCGGAAGCAGGUAUCCUGAACUACUAUCGGCUUGACUCCACGCUGGGGAUCCAUGUCGACAGAUCGGAACUCGACCACUCCAAACCCCUGCUGUCAUUCAGCUUUGGCCAGUCUGCCAUCUUUCUCCUGGGUGGCCUCAAGCGAGAUGAAGCCCCCACAGCUAUGUUUAUGCACAGUGGCGACAUCAUGGUGAUGUCGGGAUUCAGCCGCCUGUUGAACCACGCAGUCCCACGGGUCCUCCCGAGUCCCGAGAGUGCCAGCCUGCCUCAUUGCCUGGAGACUCUGCUGCCCGCCCAGCUCCCUUCGGACACGGUGGUGGAGCCCUGCUCGGAGGAAGACCUGCAGGUGUGCACCGCUUAUUUGAGAACAGCUCGAGUGAAUAUGACGGUGCGACAGGUGCUGGCCCCAGACCAGGACUUCCCCCCGGAGUCUGCAGGCGAGCAUAAAAGAGACAUCGCCACACAAGGGUCCUGCCAUCCGGAUGACAAUAGUGACCAGGUGAAACGAGCCAGGUUAGACCCUCACAGCUGAGACCUGGACAGAUCUCCCAUGAAACCACCAGGCCACCACAGACCUGAGCACAGAGCCAGAAACACUCCCCCUGAUCACCCCGUGACUCUGGAGCCCAUCCUGAAGAGUCUUGCUCAGAGGCAAGGGCUGGGUGGGGCUGGGUGGGAAGAGGCCUUCCCAGCAGCCUGCUCAGCCUCGCCCGCUGUUUCUGAGGGAAACAGGACUGAGUUUCCAUAUCUAUGAGUCUCCAUAGAUGGCUCAGAAUUCGCUAAUGCUGAAUGAAAUACCCCUCCGGCCACCGCAGCUGGUGGUUGGUGGUAAAAAUCACAAAUGUAUUUUGGUGGUUCUGAGCACCAGCCAUUAAUCUCACCUGUCUAGUUUUUUCAGUCAGUGUCAGAUUCCUUGAUCUCCUUUUCUAGUCUUCAGCGAUGCAUACUAUCCAAAUUAAGGCAGCAGGACUGGAAAUCACAUCCCCAGUAAAAGAAUU